AGUGAAACAGAGAGUGCUAUGCGUUAACAUGGGCAACUGGAUCAUCAAUCAUGGAUUAAGCGCUUUUAUCGUGGUGGUGUGGAUGGGCAUCAACAUCUUUUUGUUUGUGCACUUCUACUUGUUUUAUGAUCUGGAAGAACGAUUUGACUACACUCGUGAACUUUUAGGGUCUGCAUUGGCCUGGGCCAGAGCACCUGCUGCGGUCCUCAACUUUAACUGCAUGCUUAUUCUGCUGCCAGUAUGCCGCAACCUGCUAUCUCUCCUCCGAGGCUCUUUCAUGUGCUGUGGACGAUCAUUGAGGAAACAGCUGGACAAAAAUCUGACUUUCCACAAAUUGGUGGCAUACAUGAUUGCACUGAUGACAGCGGUUCAUACUAUUGCUCAUCUGCUUAAUGUGGAGUGGUACAGCAACAGUUUAGCAGGUUUAUAUGGACCUAUAGCAGGGAAUCUCUCCAUGUUUGAGGACUCUUCUGAACUGAACACCACCUACCUGAAUCCCAUUCGGUCCACUUCUACAACUCCAACUAUGUUCGUAUUCACCACUAUUGCGGGUCUCACGGGAGUCAUCAUAACUCUUGCCCUCAUUCUCAUUAUCACUUCAUCUAUGGAAGUCAUCCGCAGAAGCUACUUUGAGGUCUUUUGGUACACACACCACCUCUUCAUAGUGUUCUUCGCUGGAUUAGUUUUUCAUGGUGCAGGUCGCAUUGUCCGAAGUCAGCAAGAGACAGACCCACCUCACAAUACUUCUUACUGCGAAGAUCAACCAGAGAACUGGGGGAAAAUUCCCGAAUGUCCAAUUCCCCAGUUUGCAGGAGGGUUUCCGCAGACCUGGAUGUAUGUGAUUGGACCAAUGAUCAUCUAUCUUUGUGAACGGAUCUUACGUUUCAUUCGCUACAUGCAGCCUGUCAGUUAUAGAAAGAUUGUAAUUCGCCCAUCGCGAGUGUUGGAACUACAGUUGGUAAAGCCUGGUUUUAAGAUGGAGGUAGGCCAGUACGUCUUUCUGAACUGUCCAGGCAUCUCCCAACUGGAGUGGCACCCGUUCACCAUGACAUCAGCCCCAGAAGAAGACUUCUUUAGCGUGCACAUCCGAUUAGCUGGAGACUGGACUGAAAAACUUAUCAAGAUGGUCGAAAACCUACCGGAGGGUACGCAAGGACCUAAGAUUAGUGUGGAUGGUCCAUUUGGAACUGCCAGUGAGGAUGUAUUUCAAUAUGAAGUCAGCAUGUUAGUGGGAGCUGGGAUUGGAAUUACCCCAUUCGCCUCUAUUCUCAAAUCCAUCUGGUACAAGUUUAAAGACUCCAACCCCAAUUUGCGAACCAAGAGGAUUUACUUCUACUGGUUGUGUAGAGACGCGCACGCCUUCGAGUGGUUUGCAGAUCUUCUUCAGAUUCUAGAGAAGGAAAUGGAAGAGAGGGGAAUGAAGGAUUUCCUCACGUAUAAACUCUACCUGACGGGCUGGGACCAGAGUCACACAGAUCACGUAAUGGUGCACUUUGAUAAGGACACGGAUGUCAUCACGGGUCUGAAGCAGAAGACUCACUAUGGCCGACCAAACUGGGAUAAAGAAUUUGAGCAAGUUCGGAAUGAUAACCCCUCGUCAGUUGUUGGGACGUUCCUGUGUGGCCCGGAAGCCUUAGCUAAAGUCUUGGAGAAGAAAUGUGUAAAAUAUUCAGAAGUGGAUCCACGAAGGACUAAGUUUUAUUUCAACAAAGAGAACUUUUGAAGGAAACUGGAUUUUAGGACCACUGAACUUUGGAUGUUUUGCCAUGUUGUUCCUUACUAUAAGUUCCUGGUUAGAAGUGAAUCACCAGGGUUCAAGGAAAUGGCAACUAAACCUGAAUGUAUUGUCUAUAAAUGCCUCCUUUGUGCUGAAGUCUGCUUACAAAAUGUACCUGGCAUGAAGUUAAGGAAUUUUACCAUCUUGCUAAAAUAUUUAACGCCAUUCAUUUAAUUGUUUUAUAACUACAGCUAACCUGUUCUGUU